AUGACACCGUAUAAUCUGCCACCAGAGAUGUGUAUGAAACAAGAAUAUAUGUUCUUGACAGUUUUAGUCCCUGGUCCUAAUCAUCCUAAGAGAAGUCUUGAUAUUUUUCUUCAGCCACUGAUAGAUGAGUUGAAAGAUUUGUGGUCUAACGGCGUUCAAGCAUUUGAUAUUUCUACCAAGCAGAACUUUUUAUUGCAAGCUGUAUUAAUGUGGACGAUAAGCGAUUUUCCUGCUUAUGGUAUGCUUUCGGGAUGGACCACUCAUGGUCGGUUAGCUUGUCCUUACUGUAUGGAUGAGACAAAUGCAUUUCAGCUGAAGAAUGGUAGAAAAACAAGUGAAGAGCUGUGGCAGAGUGUCAACGGUUUGCCCAAAACAGUUGACUGUGAAGGGAAUCAUAGACGGUUGCAAGGAUAUGGUGAUACUCACAACUGGCACAAGCAGAGCAUUUUUUGGGAGUUGCCUUACUGGAAAUCUCAUAAACUUCUUCACAACCUUGAUGUAAUGCACAUCGAAAAAAACUUUUGGGAUAAUAUCAUCAAUACGUUACUUAAUGUGCAAGGAAAGACGAAAGAUGAUAUCAAAUCGCGACUUGAUUUGAAAGAGUAUUGUAACCGGAAAGAGUUGCAUUUAACAUCUGAUGGAAAGGCUCCAGUCCCAAUUUUCAGAUUACAAGCUGAUGAGAAAAAGACUUUUCUUCAAUGGCUGAAAGAAGAUGUUAAAUUUUCAGAUGGAUAUGCGUCAAGUAUAUCUGGUUGUGUUGAUCUAUCUGGGGGAAAGUUAACCGGAAUGAAAAGUCAUGACUGCCAUGUUUUAAUGCAACGGUUACUUCCAAUUGCAUUUGCUGAGUUGUUGGAUAAAUCUGUACAUGAAGCUUUAUCUAGCGUGAGUUCAUUUUUUCGGGAUAUUUCUGCAAGAACUUUACAUAAAGAUGGUGUUGCGAUGUUGCAUCGGAAUAUUUCUAUGGUCCUCUGCAAUCUUGAGAAGAUAUUUCCUCCAUCAUUUUUUAAUGUUAUGGAGCAUUUGCCAAUUCAUCUGCCACAUGAAGCUCAACUUGGAGGACCUGUGCAAUUUAGAUGGAUGUAUCCUUUCGAGCGAUACAUGUACCACCUCAAGAAGAAGAUCAAAAAUAAGGCUAAGGUAGAGGGCUCAAUCGUGGAACAAUAUGUGAAUGAAGAAAUUUCAACAUUUUGUUCUCAUUACUUUGAGUCGCACAUAAAAACAAAGAGUCGAACAGAAGAUCGACACUAUGAUGGAGGUGAUGAUCAAUAUACACACCAACUUGGUGAUGUUCCAGAUAUGUUUUACCAACACGGGAGAAGCAGCGGUAAAGCGAAAGAUAUAUGGCUUCAAACAAAAGACUUUCAUCAUGCACAUACAUAUGUGUUGCUAAAUUGCGAACAGUUAAGACCAUUUGAAAGGUUGUUUGAUGAGAGAAUGAUUGCUGAUCAUCCGGAUAUAAGUGAUAACAAUCUUAUCAAGCUUAAAGAAAAAGAUUUUGCAAACUGGUUACUAAAACAUGUGGAGGACAAUUGUGCGGAUAAAUCGUACCCAAAUUGGUUGCAGUCACUCGCACAUGGUCCAAUGGGUACAGUAUCUUCUGGAUUGAGCGACGAGCCUGAUUUUUAUGGAAUAAUAAGAGAUAUUAUAGAACUACAUUAUCAUGGACCAGUUGAGCUGAAAGUUGUGGUUUUCUUUUGUGACUGGUAUGAUUCAACCAGUGGAAGAGGUAUAAGGAGAAACAAGUCAGGCAUCAUCGAUGUUAAUGUUACAAAGCGCUAUGGAAAAUAUGAUCCUUUUAUUUUGGCUUCACAAGCAGAUCAAGUGUGUUAUGUUCCAUAUCCGCGGGUAACUCGGAAAAGAGAACAACAAUGGGAAGCAGCAAUAGUGAUACAACCAAGAGGAAAAGUUUUGGUUGAUGGAAACUUAGAUUUUACUGCAAUGCAGUCUGAAAAUGAUUCUCCAAUUAUAAAUGUUGAUUCCGUGGAAGUCGAGACGUUAACAAAUCUGCAUGGUCAAGUAGAAGACCUAGAUGAUGUGAAUGUUAACGAUGAAUCUGGUUCAGAUGAUGAAGAUGGGAAUUCAGAUAUUGAAGUGACAGACGAAGACUCUGAGUAA